CUGUCUCCAGGGAAGCUGUCUAUCUGCAACAGGACCCUGGGGUUUGACUUACUGCUGUCGCCUCAAAAAUAGAUACGCUGGCUGUGUGGAGCAGGGAGAAGGGAACCAGCUGCAUGAAUCGCUCACUGAGCGGCUGAAAGAGCCAGGUGUUGUUUUGAAGCUGUGUGUGUGCUGAAAGAUCCCUGUCCGAAAAAAUGGCUCAGUCAGUGCAAGUCAACCCAAAGCUGCCUGAUCUGGGCUCUCCAUUCAUCUACUCCAAUCAGGAAGAGACUGAUCAGACAGGCUCCUACUCUGUUCAGACUCCAUAUGGUUUCCAGCUGGAUCUGGACUUCCUCAAAUAUGUAGAAGAGAUAGAAAGUGGGCACAAUCUCCGUCGGGCACCUGUUGGCUCCCGUCGCUCUGGCCGAGGGGUCAAACUCUCCCAGAGGAGUCCAAGUGUGGGGGGACGUACCAGUGGCUGGACAUCCACAGAGUCUCUGGCGUCGCCUGCCAGUGAGGAUGGCAGAGCUCCUCCGCCACCGCCACCACCACGCAACCGUCUUGGCUCAGCACCCUGUGAAGUGCGCUCUCUUUCCCCUGUGACCCUCCAUAGUGUUCCUCCCCUGUCUGCCGGGGCUAAAGUGCCACCCCCUCCACCGCAGCGCAACCCCCGAGUUGAGCGGACUCUUCUGGAAACCAGCCGGCGGCUACAACAGGAACAAACCCACCAGCACCAGAACGGUGGACGCUUCCAGCUUGCAGAUCCUCCCAAAAUGCUCUUACCCUCUCCGUCCACUCAGCCUCUGCAGAGUAGCUGGACUAAACCCAGUCCUCAGACCUCUGGGCUCAGCACUCCAGCUGCUGGCGCCACAAUGACUCCAAUCCCACCCAACCAGCUGCAGACGGUUAGAGAGCAGAUGGCUACAGCUUUGAAACAGCUGAAGGAGAUGGAAGAGAGGGUAAAGGGUGUUCCUGCGCUUGAGAAAGAGGUGGCCAAACUUCGUGCUGAGAAAGACAUGCUCCUGUUAGCCCUGCAGGAGAAGGAAGUGGCCCAACAGAAGCAACCAUCUACAGAGUCUUCUACCCAAACCACAGAGACCCUAAAAACUGACCAUAAUGUCCACAGUCGAUUGACUACACCAACCUCACCCGGACAUAAAGGCCUCGGAAAAUCUGGUGAGCUGAAAAGGCUCACUGAGAAAUUUGAGGGGAAGGAGGAGAAAGCUACAGAACCUUCAUCAAAAGUUUUAGUGAAAACGCCAGAAAAAAUGUCUGUUGUGGUUGAGAAGAAAUCAGUGGCUGUUGGGGACGACAUGCCAAUGGACUCUGUUGUUUUCUACCACAGCCAGGGUGUGAAAGAUGCUUCUGAGGGCACCACAGUGAAUGUGUGUGAGAACGGCACAGGAACAGAGGUCCCUCCGGUUCAUGAGGAGGGAGUGCAGGCCGCAGUGGAGACAGAAGAGGCUGCGGUUUGGGUUAUGGAGUCACUACUUGGGUUGACCAGUGAGGCACAGCGGGAGAUUGACACCUUGCAGGACACCAUUAAAUUCCAGCAGGAGUCCAUUGUGGCUCUAGAAGACCGGCUGAGUGUGGCCGACAAAGACCUGGGGAUCCUUAAAGCCCAGGUGGAGGAGAAAACCUCCAAAGCCACAUUUGAGAAAGGCGUUCUUGCAAAACCAGACAUGACAAAUGCGCAGGUAGAGACACUGACUUCUGUGUUAAAGCACGCUGAGGUUUUGUGCCGUCCCGAGGUGAGAGAUGUAUGCAUAGGUGAAAGUUUAACAGCAGAUCUAAUCGAACAAGGCAGCCAGACUGAUGCUUUAGUGGAGACUGCAGAACCAGCUCCUGUUGCAGUGAUCAGCACUGGGUGCCAAUGGGAGAUCUUGUUUGAGGAAAAGAUGGAGGAGCAGAAAGCUACAGUGGCAAAGAAGAGACAGUUGACCAUCGCUGAAUACAAGGUCUCACCAGAAGAAGAGGUGGUCAGUACGGCCGAGAAGAAAGAGGAAGACCAAGGAGAGAAGACUGCAGCCAGCAACAUCAAGACAGGUAUGCUGAAAUCAAUCAUGAAGAGAAAGGAUGGGAGUAACUCAAGCGAGAAUCGCAACGCUGGCAAGAAGAGCCUGCAGUUUGUUGGCAUUCUAAAUGGAGGGUAUGAAUCUACAUCCAGUGAAGAUGAAGAGGAGGAGGAGGAGGAAGAUGGGAGUUCUUCUGGAGAAAGUGGUGAAGGCGAGUGCUUGGACAGCACAGAGGAGGAUGAUGAGGCGGCUCUGGAGGAAGAAACAUCUGAGGAGGAGAGAAACAUCAACCUGGAUGAGAGCGACACUGAUGAGGAAACCCUGAGAGCCACAAAUUAUUCAUCUGAUGCUGUGAAAGAGAAGUUUGAGCUGAGCUCAAAAAUGCGUGAAGCCUGCCUCAUCCUGAAGAACCACUUGAACGAUGACAUCAAAACACUGAAGAGUAAGGAAGUGCUCUCCAGCACCCACACUGUCCAGCUCGAGUGGUUUCGGAUCUCUAGCGCCAAGAUGGCUCAGCCUUCAAGGGUCUCAGACUACCUGAUGGCGUUCUCUGAGGUGUCGUCAGUACUGCUGGAGCACGUAGUCAACAUGACCGACGGCAACGGCAACACAGCUCUCCACUACAGCGUCUCCCACUCCAACUUCCGUGUGGUGGGGCUGCUGCUGGACACAGGUGUGUGCAGUGUGGAUAGGCAGAACAAGGCGGGCUACACGGCCAUCAUGCUGGCUGCGCUCUCUACUGUGAAGGAGGAGGAGGACAUGGCUGUGGUCAAGAAGCUCUUUGGUCAGGGGAAUGUCAACGCCAAGGCCAGUCAGGCGGGCCAGACAGCGUUGAUGCUAGCUGUUAGCCACGGCCGACAGGAGAUGGUGCGGGCGCUGCUGGAAAGUGGUGCUGACGUUAACGUGCAGGAUGACGAGGGAUCCACGGCACUGAUGUGUGCUAGCGAACACGGCCGUGCUGAGAUUGUGAAACUGCUCCUGGAACAGCCUGGUUGUGACAUAUCCAUUAUUGAUAAUGAUGGCAGCAAUGCUCUGUCCAUCGCACUGGAGGCGUCGCACAACGACACAGCUGUGCUGCUCUACGCCCACAUGAACUAUAAGACCCAGACUGCUGUGGGGAGUCCGAAGGCCCAGCUGAGGAGCCCCACCAGCCCUCACAAGCCUUGGCCUUCAGACUGACAGGAUUGUGGCUGCUCAUGUAGGCGGACAGACCAGCAAACUUAACUGGAUCUGAGCUGUGAAAAGCUCCACUGGAAUUUACUUAAAUAUAUAUGUAUUUAUAUAUUGCCAUAUGUCCUGCAUUUAUAGUAUUGUUAAUAUGAGAAUAUUAUUUUUCCAUACAAAUCGUGAAAGGUUUUAUUAUAUACUUUACUUAUAUGCACUCCCAGCAUGUCUAAAUGAGGUCUCCAGCACAGUUUUUUCUGUGGCAGGAGAUCUUACAUUUCUUAUUUGCACUCCACUAAAAUUUUUCUGACAAGGGCAAGACGCACAACAAUGUGCAUCAUGAUACUUCACUGUUGUCACAAAUCCCAGUGUUGAAGCUGCAGAAAAUGUAUCAUUCUACCUUGACUACUUUUGUCCGCAUGUCCAGUGUGUACUAUGAACAUCAAAUGACACUGCCUGUGUGUGUUGCCCUCUAGUCUUCCCUUUCUGUCCUGCCUUGGUUAACUGAUCUGUGAACCUCUAACCUUCAUAGUCAACACUAACUCUCUGUGCAUUUUAUGUUCAUAUAAAUAUAUACACGUAUAUAUACACUGUAUAUUCAUGUCUGAAAAACAUUUACUGUAAAGUGAUAAAUUGUUUCUUCAAGCUUUACAAACAUUUUUAAAUGAAAAACAACUGUUUUUCAACAACUGUCAAGUGAGUGAAGUUGGAGUUAAUAAAGACAAUCUCUUUAAAACAA